GCUCCGGACUUCUUCGUGCGCGAUGUCGACGAGGCCUCGGAGGCCUCCACUUGGCAUCGUGAUGGCCGAAGCUCCCCGAGCUUUGAUGCCCCAAGGCGCCUCUUCAGGCCAGAGAAGUCAGUGCCGGACUUCGCUUUGUCCAUCUGCGUCCUCCGCGAGGGGGUCAAGGGCAGCUUCGUGGACUUCAGGCGAUUGCAUGCUGUGGCCGACCCGCAG